AUGGCGGACCCACACAGGGAGGGCCUUGUGUCCGUCUCGCCAGUAGAAGAUUACAACCCAUUGCAAGACGAUUUUCCAAUGUCACUGGAGGAAAAUGAUGCUGAUGGUAGUGAUGAUUUUGAUGAUGAUUCACCCUGUGUAUCAUUAGAUCCAGACAAUGAUCCAAGGUUUGAGGUAAUGAAAUACAGUAUAACACCUCCUCCAGAUCAAAGACGUAUGAAACGAGAAAAAAGUAAGCAUCAGUCAUACACGCAUCGAAUAUCACAAAAAGAACACAAGGAAAAGAUAGAGAUGAGGAGGAAGUCAUUGGGGCGUGGUCCAAUGAAUGUUAUAAAGGAAAGAUAUGGGGGCCGGGGAGAUCAAAUGUUUUCAAUGCUUAGUGGUGUUGAUUCAGAUGAUAAUCUUGAAAGAGACUUUCCAGAAAACGAUAAAGAAAAGAAACAUAAAGACAGUCGUGAAUCUAAAAAGAAAGUGCUGACAACAACAAGAGCUUAUGAUCGGACAUUAAAAAGAACUUCUAGUGAUUUAACAGCUCUAAAUACUGACACUGCUGAAGUUCCACUGUAUUCAACAAUUGCUAGACCACUUGACAGUUCAGGAAGGUUUUCUGGUCUGACCAAGUCAUCUCCUCUCACCUUAAGUGGUAGUGGAGCAUUUGGAAAUUUGGGCCUUGGAAUGAGCUGGGGUCGUGAUUUUAGGAGACAAUCAAUGGCAAAUGUGGAGUGCCCUAAAGAUCGUGUGGAGUUUUAUAAGAUAUUCCAGGCUCUUAUCCACAUGGGUUCACAAGGAGGACGAAAGGAUAAGGAUGUUAAAGGAAAAGACAAAAAUAGUAACCCAUACUACCGGCGACAGAUGAGUACAGAACAGGAGCUGUUUCAGGAGAGGUUCAGUGACUUUCUUUGGCAGGAACUGCAGUGGGAACUUCAUGGUUAUAGGGAAGAUACACUCAAAAGUGAACGGACCAAAAUACCUGAAGUAUUAGAAAAAGUUACAAGUUUUAAAAUUACCGUGUCUGACAGUGGUGAAGAAAUGGUAGACUCGGGUAUAAAAGAGAUUAAUUUGCUUUCUCCUGCUAAAGCAGCAAAGAGAGACUCAUCUGAGUACAACACCAUGACAUUAAGUCAAAUAUCUAUAAAGAGGCAGCUUGAAGCAUUAAAUCAAGUAGAGGAUCUUCUAUCCGAAUUAGAUGCUUUGGAGCAACUGUUUCCCACAUCAAAAGCCUUCGCCAAAGAAUUUCCUUUAUAUGGGACACCCAACUUUAAAAACCGUGUGAAAUCUUUAUAUUUAUGGCUUAAUAUUACUAGAGAUCUUUGUCACAAAAUGAAACUCCUAGGUAAAAUACUGGGUAUUCAACACCUCAAUGAUGUAUUUUGGCCCAUGUUGGACUUUGACACACCUUGCACAGCUGAACCAAGGGCUACAUAUAGUCAUUAUCGAUCUAGCUUACCAGAGAUUCUGGAGCCAGAUUUAAGUGAUGAGGGAGAUAUUGAAGAUGAUGAAGAAGAGAGUAGUACAGAUGUUAUAUCUGGGGAAGACAGAACCCCAUCACCACAAAUCAAAACAUCCAAAAAGGUCCAGUUUUCACUGGGAAGUGCUCGUUCCUCCAGGACUUCAAGUCCAAUCACUGUGGAAAUGCCAGAGUCAUCCACACCCGUCAAGCAACCACCUUCCACGAUACGAUACUGGACUCCAUCCAGCAGUCUCUCUCACAUCUCAAGUGAAACCAGUCUUGAUGAGAUGAGUGUUACUAGCUGUGUCUAUAGAAAAUAUGUAGACAAGACAUUGAGGAGAAUGGGAAUGAACAAAAUGCUUAUACGAUUCCGUGAACUCUUAGAUAGAACAUUACAGAGAGCUAAGGAAGCUUUACAGAUAACAAAGGGAUUAAAUCUGUCUGACUCCAACAGUAAAUCACCUGUUGAAGAGAAGUCCCACCUGUCCUCAUCACCUGGGCUGGAAAUUCUGCCAUCGGAAAUGACAUCCCCAACAACAACAACGAUGUACCACCAGAGUAUGAGCCAAACUGACCAGGAGCCCUGGGUGACUCACUUUAGUGAGAUGGGCCUGCCCUCAUUCCGACCUAGCUACCUCUUUCUUCUCAAUGUGUUCCUGGAAGUUAUACAUGAAGCCUUGAGACUUAGACUGGAACAGAGACCAAAAGGGGAGCCAUCAUUCCUCAGUAUUCGACCUCUGCUUCGUGAGUGUAAAGAUGUGUUGCGGGGUGCUGUUAUUGUGAAGCAGUACUACCAACAAAUGGUGGCCUCUGUUAGAUCUGAUGAGGAGUUUGCUGAUGAGGAGGAAAACUUCCCUGACCUAGAACAGUUUGAUGAUGAUAUGAGGAAAAUGCUGGAAAUCUACUUCACAUACAUCCAGAACUGGUUAAUAACAUUACAAAACUUGCCUGAGGCUUCAAGGAGCCUUAAAAAUGUACUGGAGCAAGAGUGGAGCUUCACAAAACAGAUCUGUCCCCAUGUUAGGGGAGGUGAAGCAGAGGCAGGAAAACGAUUCAGCUCACUAGCAAGCAGUCUGCUGUAUUCUAUUGCUGAUUUCCUGGAUUCUGGAAUUGACGAUUUCAGUAUUUCACUUUAUGAUUGGACAAUUCAAGAUGAUGAUGAUGAUGAUGAAGAUGAUGAUGAUGAUGAAGAGGAUGAUGAAGAUGAGGAUGAAAACAAGGAAAGAGAGGAAAAGGAAAAAUCACAUAUAUUAGAGCUAAGACAUUCAUUCCAGAAAACCUCGAGAAAGUGUAAAAGUUUGUUCAACGAAGCUCGUGAGAGAGCAUCAAAAGCUCUGGGGUUUGCCAAAACAUUAAGAAAGGACCUAGAAAUAGCUGCAGAUUUCAAUAUUGCAGAGACAACAGUAGAGCUGCUGGAAAAAUUGCAGGAAACUUACCAUGUCAUGGUAUGAUGGACCCCCCUGAAUCCAGGCUACCUCAUGUUCAUCCCAUCUAGCAUUGUGGACAGCCGCCAGCUCAUCAUACAGUUACUGAAUGUGACAUGUGGGCGGGAGGACCUGACAGGAUCCCAUGACAUCAACCAGAGGGAUGAGGGUUACCUCCUCAUGGUAAACUGUAGUGGGGGAACUGACCAUAAGGAUGAGUGUCCUUUGUGGUCAGGGGAGACAAUCCAGGUAGAACCCACUGCAGAUACAGCCAUUGCUCUCUCACACAUUGAGGUUGAUGGUCUCCUGUUAGUUGUGAUCCAUUCCUCCCACCUUAUGACACAAAGGAAAGAAUUUGAGCAGCUAAUGGGUAAAUCUGUAGCUUUGGUCAAUGAACAGACAUCCUGUCAUCAAGCUAUUGCAGAAUCACUGGGAGAACUCAAGGAGGCAGCGGAACGGCUACAGGAGAAGGUGGUGGCUGCCAUUAAGGAGGUAGACACCAAACUCAAUUUUGAUGACAUUGCGAAACUUGAGGACAAUGAAAGAAACCACCUUCUGAACCUCUACAGAGAGACUAUGCUCAAGGGAUACAACUUUGGAUUUGAGUACCUGCGGGAAGUGACUCGCCUUGUUACAGGUGAGCCACGUCAAAACCUAGGACGUCGGCUUGUCAACUUUGCCCAAGAUUGGAUGAACUUUGUGAUGGAGAAAUGUGAACGUGGAAGAGGGAUGAGACCCAAGUGGGCGAGUCAAGGCUUUGAUUUCCUCAUCACAGCUUGUGAGCCGAGGGUCCUAGCAUAUCUUAGUGUGGAGGAGUUUGAGAAAUUGAAACAUGAUAUUCACAACUGUAUUUCCCAUGUUAUUGGUCAAGCGGAAAAGUACACGCCAGUCAGUCCAACUCAUGGUAAGUCAGUAUCAGAUACCAGUCCUAUGCACAUGUCACGCUCAUCCAACAGUGAUCUUGGCAGUAGUCGUCAGCCUCCUUACCUCCGCUUUCCUUCCUGGCCUGAGCAACAGGGCAAGGUUUCAAGGUCACUAUCAAAUCGAUCAGCUCAGAGUGAGCCGCCCAAUACUCCACAGUCAGCUGAAUCCAGGUAUAAGCGUCUCUCGACAGAUUACUCCCCGGAGGUAGAUUUACAUGAUGGUGAGGAUGGCCCAACACCUGAUAUCUUCAUGAGGAGACGCAGCAGAGGAAAUCCAUUGAAUACUGUUUCUCGUCGGGAAAGGUUGAUGACAGCUAUUGAUGAUUUAGAAAACACUCGAGAUGAAAGACUACAAGAAAAGCGGGUGGUAGGAAGAAAGACCAGUCGGAGAAACGAACCUGAACAGCGUAUUAGUGCACGACGAGUGAACUUCCGGUGGCAGAGGGGAACAAAAAUAGGGGAAGGUCAAUUUGGCAAAGUAUUCUCAGCUGUUAAUAUGGAUACUGGUGAACUGAUGGCCAUGAAAGAGAUGAAGUUUCAAAUCAAUGAUCACCAAGCAUUAAAAGAGAUAGCAGAUGAGAUAACACUAUUUGAAGGGAUCUUACACAACAACCUUGUGAAAUAUUAUGGUGUUGAAGUGCAUAGAGAUGAAAUGUUAGUAUUUAUGGAGUAUUGUGACCGAGGAACAUUAGAAGAAGCAGCUAAGAUGGGUCUUCCAGAAUCACUUAUCCGUAUUUAUACCAAAGAGAUUCUGUUGGCGGUCAACCAUCUCCAUGACAACAACAUUGUACACCGGGAUAUCAAAGGUGCAAAUAUUUUCCUAACCUCAAGUGGUUGUCUAAAACUGGGAGAUUUUGGCUGCUCAGCGAAGUUAAAAAGUCACACAACAAUGCCUGGAGAGUUCAACAACCUGGUGGGGACAACAGCAUACAUGUCACCAGAGGUGAUCACUAAAGUUGGACAUGGUAGAGCAGCUGAUAUCUGGAGUCUUGGCUGUGUCGUCAUUGAAAUCUUCACAGGAAAGAGACCUUGGCAUGAGUUUGACAACAACUUCCAGAUUAUGUUUAAAGUUGGCAUGGGAGGAACACCGGCCAUCCCGGAAAAGUUGAGCGAGGAGGGCAAGGAGUUCUUAUCUUUCUGCUUUGUACAGGAUCCUGCAGAGAGGGCAUCAGCCAGCUUUCUUGUCGACCACGCCUUUGUAAAGGUUGACAUCCAAGAAACCGUCUCUCAUGAGAGAACUGAAGACAUAGAAUCUCCGUUGGAAUGAUCGCCGUACAGACACCGUUUGGAAAGGCUGUUGAAGGAUUAUUUGAUCAGGCACUCUAGGUCCUAACACAUGUUAUAAACAAGAAAAGCUGUCCUAUAGCCUUUCAUGUUGCCAGUUCAUUGAGUCAAAAUUGUCACUAAAUGUUAUGAACAUUAACAGUGACCAAGUUUUUGUGAUACAAUAUUUUUGUUGAAAUACAUUUUAUGAAUGAG